GCCGACUCAUUCCGAAGCAUUCCGAUACGUUACGAUUACUUCAGACAUCGAACGAAUAGGGCUGAACUGUGAAGUCUAGGAGAGCGUUGAAGCUUUGUGACUCUUGAAUUUUGUUGGAUUGAUCGUUUGACGGGUGCAGUGAUUUGCUGCUAAGUGGAUAUACGAAGUUCACUCGACUAAGUUGCUAUGGAAGACUUGGAUGCACUACUGGCGGAUCUCCAAGCUACAAGUCCCACAGUUUCCGCAUCGCCGACGGAAUCCAGAGGCAGACAAGCAUCGAAUGGACGAGAAUCGCCCGAUAACCCGCCACCUUUGCCUCCUCCUCCCUCGUUCGAAGCUCUCGAUCCUCAUGGAUCAAAUCCCAAGGACGAUAUACUGUUCCCUCCACCUGUUCCUUCAUCGAGUUUGGGUCAAAAUCUUUCCGAGUUGGACAGUUUAUUGGAAAAUUUGAGCAACCCAAUACAUUAUCCUUCUGAUCCUACAGUCAAGCGAAUAAGUGCUGGAUCACCAAGAGGAAGUCCAACGUCACCAUCACCAAAGCCAGCCAUUAAUGGUCGACCAGCCAGCUACAAGGGUCCUAUGAUGUCCCCCACCCAUGAUAACAGGCCAGUUGAUGGACAUUACAGAGAAAGAAAUGGACCUGAAAGUCCCAUGGCCCAAGUUAAUACAUCUCAUGUUUUCAACCCGGCUCCUCUGCGCAACCAAGUCCAGCAAACCAGGGACUUAGAUAACAGACAGUCACGGACAGCAUCAACAGCCACCAAAGAGCUGGAUGACUUGAUGGCAUCAUUGUCAGACUUUAAAGUCAAUGUUAGUACAGCUCCCACUCCAUCACAGUCCAGGCUCAGUGGGGAUUAUGCAAAGCCAACUAAAUCAAAACAGCAACUUCCUUCUGUUGGUAAAGUCAGCCAGCUGGACUCCAUGCUGGGUUCUCUACAGUCAGACAUGACCAGACAGGGUGUGAGUACAACAAAGAAAGGAAUGUGUGCAGCUUGCAACAAACCAAUCAUAGGUCAGGUUUGCACUGCAUUGGGUCGCACAUGGCAUCCUGAACAUUUUACUUGUGUUACCUGUGAGGUGGCGUUAGGUGCUACAAAUUUCUUUGAGCGAGAUGGAAAGCCUUUCUGUGAGAGAGACUAUCAUGAGCAAUUUGCACCAAAAUGUGCUUACUGUAAUGGACCCAUUCUAGAUUCAUGUGUCACAGCCCUAGACCAGACGUGGCAUCCGGAACAUUUUGUGUGUGCGGCUUGUGGACGGCCAUUUGGUGAAAGUGGCUUUCAUGAGAGAGAUGGGAAGCCUUAUUGUCGUGAUGAUUACUUUGCGUUGUUUGCGCCUCGAUGUGGAGGGUGUGGCCAGCCCAUAGCUGAUAGCUAUAUUUCUGCUUUGAGUGCCCAUUGGCACUCAGAAUGUUUUGUGUGUUCGGAAUGCCAUCAAGCUUUUCCAGGUGGAAGUUUCUUUGAGCAUGAAGGCCGACCUUAUUGUGAGAUGCACUAUCAUGCCCGCAGAGGCACGCUGUGCUUCAGUUGUCAAAAGCCAAUCACAGGCCGAUGCAUCACUGCCAUGCACCGUAAAUUUCACCCUGAGCACUUUGUGUGUGCAUUUUGCCUCAAGCAGCUCAACAAAGGUACUUUUAAGGAACAGAAUGACAAGCCAUACUGUCAUCCAUGCUUUGUCAAACUUUUUGGGUAGAUAGUAAAAUAGGAAUGACUCUGUUACAUGUGAGUGGCUGACAGUCAAUAUGUUCAAGUGCAAGUCCCGUAAACUGGGAUGCGUGCCUGAAAUUAGAGAUUAGGUGUAAGCUUUUAUGGUAAAAUAUUGUGGGAUGCCAAAGUUUUCAUGAUUGACCCUGAAACUCGUAGAAGUAAUUAACAUGUAACUUCUUCCUAUAAUGUCCAUACAUUAUACAGCAAACAGAUGAUAAGAAUAUUUGAAUUUAGUUGGUAGAAGUUGUUAUCUUGAUCUAGCACCACAAUUUUUUUAACUAGUUAACAAAGAGAUGUGAAUUAGUUUGUAGGGAGAAUUAGUAAUUAGAUUUUUGGAGUUAAAGUGUUAAAUGCUACAUGUUACAAUUAACAAAGUUUUCAUGUAAGCAUGUUUUAAAAGAAAUGGAAAGCCAUGUAGAACUUAUCAAACUUCGAGAUAACUUGCUUGCCUAUUUUAAUUUAUUCUAUAUGGAAAGUUUACCAGGAAGCCUUUGCAUGAUGUAAUUAACCCUGUUUGUGUGGCUUGCCUGAAAACAUAUUGACAGUUGGCCAUUACAGAGUUGCUUAUCUCAUCAGAGAAGCAGUCAUCUCUUUCAAGUUUUGUUUCUUGUAUGUGGUUUGCAUUGCUGAAGAGACUGGCUGCUUUGACACGCUGCACUAGUAAUUUGUGAGAUACUAAGUGAAUUGAAAUUUAGAAUUAUUAUUAUAUUUUUUAAUUAACCCUUUCUCUCUCUGAACCUCAUUAGUAAUUCUCCUUACUAUCUGCCAUUCAAUUCUCAUGAUGUUCAGUCUGAGAAUUUGGUGCUGGAUCAACUAAUAAUUGUCUUGUUGAUAUUUUUCUUUAUUCUCAUCACUUGUCUGCUUGAUAUGGUAAGGAGAAAUUCUGUCUUGGUCAUUCAUUCCUCCUGCAAUAUUAUUACAUUUUCAAUCAGGAAGGUGAUUAGAGGAAAGUAAAAUAUCAACUUAAGGAUGUUGAUUGAUUAAAUACCAUUUUCUCCUUGCUAAAACUUUAAGAAAUGCAUGGCAGACCGUGUGGAGAAUUUAUAUUUAAAUCUCUGGAGUGCAAGGGUUGAAAUGUCUAACUACAUAAGCAUGUUAUAUUUGUUGCAAACUAAUUGCUUUGUAUAGGAGGUGAAGGCACGGAAAUUUUUUGUAAACCAUUUCAGAGAACUUUUUUUGUAAAAUGCUGUUAUUUUGAGAUAAAUUUAGAAACAUUAUUUAAUCUUUCGCUUUUUGGGAAAGAGCAUAAUGUUAUUUCAAAUUGAAUUGUUACAAGUUAACUUGAAAAGCACUAUUUGUUCCUUUGAGCAUUUCAUACUUCCAAGAGCCAUUAGGCCGGUCAUUUAAACUAAGUUUAGCCGUUGUUUAACAAAGCCUCGUUCCAAGCCAUCUCCAAUUUGACCAAACCUUUAAUACGAAAAUUUAUUUUUAUGAAAAGUGUCAAGAUAGCCGGCCGAAAGUUCUAAGUUUAAAUCAACCUAGUUAGAAAGAAUCCCGGAGGCCCGAUGCUUGCGUGAAACCGCGGUUUGGAUAAGACGUAGAGAUACGAUACUACGGCCCCUGGUGUCAAAGCCUGAAUUUUUCCUAGCUUCUUUUCUGUUGCAUAAACUGCAAGUCACUUUUGAGGAUUAUUUCUUCUCUUGACUUCAUCCACAGCUCAAUUGAAAUUUAUCUCGUAUAAAAUUGUGUAUGGUGAAAUUCUGGUUAUUUACCUAACAAAUUAAAGUUAUUUCUUGUGUGGACAAUGUUUCUCCUAAAUGUAAUUAAUUUAUGAAUCAAGUAAGAAUUUAAAAUGUUUAUAAAUAUAUUUUGAAUUGUUCCGACAUAACUAUUUUCUGGAACAUUAUUGCACCAAUGAUUGUUAAUUAUUGUCAAAAGGUAUUGUGGCUAGAAAUCGAAUUCUAUAGGAGAAAAAUUUAAUGUAAAGCCGUCGAAGUAUUUUAGAUGCUGCUCAAAGUAUGAUUUGUUCUUAGCCUCGUAUAAUUGCCGUGGAAGAGUGUAGAUUUAGCAUGCAGGUAUCCCAGGAGAAGUGCUGUUAGGGUAUUGCACGACGCGGCACUUAACUGCGCGAAUGACCAAACUUCAAACAUUUCUUAUUACCUUGUGGUAAUGAGGGUCCCUUUUUAAACGCAAACAGCGGGGUGAAGGUGUGAUAUCAGUUGAGUCUCGGAGAACAGAUUUUAAACCUCGUCACUGGAUUAAUCAAAAUUAGAGGAAAUGCUUAGUCUCUCACGUAUCAUGCUCUCUGGUGCUACUACUGUUGUCAUGAAAUAUCUAGAACGGUUCCCGUGACAGUCACGCAUUUCAAAUGAUCACGCAAUCCUGAGAAACUGCAGCAUGACAUUGCACUGUCGAAAUUCAUAUUCGUCAUAUAAACGUUUACUUCAUUUAGAAAUAGUUAGAGCGUAUCACAAGCACAAGUGAAAUGCCUUAUGUUUAAUAAAGAGAUGUAUUUAGCGUGA